AAAAUGGCCGUCAAGAAAGAAGGAAAAUAGAGAAAUUUGUUAUUUGAAUUGAAAAUCUACAAUUAUCAGCGUUUUUAUCAGAACGGAAUUUAACUCACCCCAUUAGAAUAGACCAAACAUCAGCUACACUAUGAAGGGUAAAGGAAAGAGUUCUCAUAAUAGUGAGAAAGAAAGUCAGCUGGCCUUUCCUGACCUCCAACCUGUUGACCAUCUUAAAGAUUGCUUAAAAUACAGCAACAUUCUAUCAAGAGGAGAUGAUGAAAGUGUAAAUCUUGAGGAAUUAGACACUGUUCAGACAGAUCUGGAAACUUUGCUAGCCUCAGCUGGUAAACGCUUGAAAUUACUGGAGAGCGAGAUUCAGAGCCUGUCUAAUAUACAAGAUAAGAAAGAUGUUAUAGCGCCACCUAUUGGAGGAAAGAAAGAAAAGGGGACCCCAGGAAAGGAUCAAUCGGGUAAAAGAGGGAAGCCUGGUUCAGAAGAGAAACCUAGUAAGAAAUUUAAAGAUGCCAAUGGAAAAGCUUCCAGUGUAAUACCUACUCCUCCAUUGAAACUCAAACAAAAAUCACAGUCUAAAAUAUUGGAGUAUGAAUUUAAUGAAGCACCGAGAGAAACACUGCCUAAAUUACCUAAAAAUGACGCUGUCAAUAGAUUCUGGACGUCAGUUGAACCAUAUUGUGCUGAUAUUACUAACGAUGAUUUAAAAGUUUUAGAAGAUAUUUUAAAAUCUCACGAAGAGGAUGGUGAUUAUUUUAAAGUGACUCCAUUAGGGAAACAUUAUACAGAGAAAUGGGCAGAGGAAGAUCUUCUAGAAGAACAAAAUGAUGCUGGGUUGACUGGAAUUAUGAGUGAAGAUGACAUAUUUAAGGUCAUCACACUUGUACACACUGCCGAGUUUAGAACCCACAACCACCAUUUGUUCGACUUAACCAUUGGGUUUAGUAAUAUGGAAGAGUCACCAUUUGGACAGUUGACUCAGAGACUAGUGUCAGCUUUAAUAGAGGAGAAUAUCAUGACUCCAAUAGAUGACUCAAUGAAUGAAAUUACUGGUGGAAAAGAAAGUGCUGAUGAAGCUCCAGCUAUCUCACCCAGAACUUUAGCUAAACAAUUAAACAUUGGUAACCCAACACAUCUUGAGAGACGAAUAAAACGGGAACUGGAGGAACAAGGUAUACUAGAUUUUGAAGAUAAAGAGGAUGAUAACCCUGAUGAUGAGAUAUUGGCUGAAAUACGUAAAAAACAGUCUGAGUUACGACUUCUGUGUCAGAGGAAUAUGAUUAUCACCAAUCAACUUCAUGUCAAGGCUAAAGAACAAAUGGCUAAACAGGCAAUGAAGAAAAAACUAUCUGCUGCAGACACUGAGGUUAUGGAAGCCUAUAGAAAAAUUCAGGCAGCAAAACAGAAGAAGAAAACACCCACAAAGAAAGAGAAAGACGCAGCCUGGAAGGCUUUGAAAGAAAGAGACGCCAUUAUGCAAAACUUGGAUGUUUGAAAUCCUGGUAUUUUCAAGAACGGUUUUGCACAAUUUCUGAGAAGAAAGGUCAACUUGAAGCUCACUGUAGCAUAAGACAAUAUAAACUGUUGUGGAAAUGGUUGAAGAUGUUGGAACUUAUUGUAUGAAGUGGUUCCUAUAUAGUUUUAUUGAGAGAUCAGAGUAGAAUUGUCAUAUUGGUGGUGUCUUAGGUCUUAGGGACCAUCUUCUAUGUUAAACGGGCAUUCAUUUUUUUUUCAUUUGUGUUUUUUUGGUUUUGAGUGUGAAAUCCAUCACACUGUAUGCCAACAUAUAGAGAAUGAUGCCCCUUUCUUUUCGUGAAAGUUUUAACUUAAAGUAUUCAAACGUUAGGCCACAAACAGCAACAAAACAGUUAAGUAAGUAUUUUGAAUUCUGAUUGGACCGCUAAUUGUUAAAAACCAAUCGGCAGCAAUUUCACAAGCGUACCUCCGAAAGUGAAGAGUUGCAGGUCUGUAGUUCGAAAUAUUCUGUCAACCAAAAAAUCACAUCAUGUGUUUUUUUAACUCAGCAUGUCUAAAAUAUUGAUGAUUAAGAUUGGUUUCUCUGUCAGCAGGUCAACGUAUAGAAACCAUACAAAGGACAUGUGACCCUGCACAUCAUAUCAGGUAUUAAGUUGCACUGCCCAGUAAUAAGCUGACAGUGAAGUAUUAAAAGGGGACUCAAAUCUGGAUAUUAAAUUGACUAUAUCAUCUGAACGGAGAAAGCUACAUGCACCAAAUGCUUCUUAAUACCUGGUUUGAUGUGCAGGUUCACCUAUGUAUAUAAUAUCAUGCUUAAUAAGCCCAGUUUACAUGUUGGAAUUAAAACAGAAUGCCUCUUUAAGCUUGACUGGUACCUUUAAUCUAACUAGUAGACAUGCAGUAUUGUGAUUUUUUUCAAAGUCCUAAAACCUGCAAGCCUCACUAUGAUAUUAAGUACAAUAAUAUAUAUAUUAAUAUUAAAAACAGAUGAUUAAUUUACUUUAAUUGUUAUGUUAAUUGUGUAUAUAGAAAUGUAACUAUAUAACAGUUUAUAGUUGUAAA